AUGCUCGUCUCCAUCACGAUUGUGUCCUACGCGGCGGGCGGCGUCAUCUUCUCGCGGUACUACGGCCACGAACUACACACGGAGCGCCAGCAAGCGGAGUGGCUGAAGAAGCUGCGGGACGCCACCGCGUUGCACUGGCCCUUGCUCAAGGAAGACAACCCGGAGCAAGUGGCCACGAUCGGGGAGGUCCAGGUCAUGUACAAGCUGCUAGGCGACGUCGUGCUUCUCCUCGCGGGCGUGGAAGAGCACGACGCCCUGCUCAUGUUGGAGCUGGCGCGCGCCAUGACGGCCGCCAUCCGCGCCGCGUGCCACGUCCCCGAGAACAAGCAGGGCGAGACGCGCGCCAGCGCCGAGCGCCGCAUCCUGCAGAACUACGCCAGCCUGUGCCUCAUUGUCGACGAGAUGGUCGACGACGGCGACAUCGACCACCUGGACCCGAAGGUCAUCCUCAAGCUCAUCAAGAUGAGGCCGAGCCGGUAG